GGAUAGGGGCAUGGACCCACCCAAGCCUCAGGCCCGGACACCCGUUUGAGGUACGAGCCUACCAAGUAGCAGAACGCCAACCUGAAGUCUGAAAGCCACUAAAAUAUUCCGAGACCCAGCGGAAAAAGCAGAGCGGGCCAAUGGAAGAGGAUAGGAGUGGCGUGGUAGUAGUGGUCUAGUGCUCGCGGAGCAGCGCCGCAGUGAGAGAGCGAGCAAAGCAAGCGAGGGAGCGAAGCGAAUUGAUUGAUUACUCCCACCACGUCUUCUCCACCUCCGACCGGUCCUCGCCAAGCCACCAUCAUUGCGCCACCGCCGCCCGCCCCCAAGAUCAUUCUUAAGUGUUUCUCACUUGGCUUCUCGGCGAAGUGUUGCGGUUGCGGGUACUGGAGUAGAGUGGCGUAUGUGUGCUGUGCUGCCAGAGUGAGGGAGGGAACCACUCAACCACCACCAUUAAAGGCGCUCACGCGCCGUCGCCGCCUCCGCCUCCACGAGAAAGCCAGGCGAGAGAGAGUGAGGACGUACGAGAGCUGAGCUGACUCGUCCCUCUCUGUCUCUCUCCUCCUCACUUCCUCCCCUCACGGGGGCAGCCACGUUCAAAGGCAGCUCGCCAACGCCCAACACCCCUCGCCGCACCACCCCACGCCGCGCGCCUUUAAAGAGACGCCCGCCACCUUAAAGAGGCCGGCGUGGCGCGCGCGAAAGCAGAGGAGCGACAAUGUCGGCUACUGCGCGGCUCGGCGCCGUCGUGGCGUGCUUCGUUUUGGCGGUCUUAGCGCCGCGGCCGGCGGCGGGUAUCCUCGACCCUGUGGACUUCCUGGCGUUGCAGGCGGUGCGGCGAUCGCUGGAGGACAUGCCCGGGUCAGCGUUCUUCGACGGGUGGGACUUCACCGCCGACCCGUGCGGGUUCCCCGGCGUGUUCUGCGACGGGGACAGGGUGGCGGCGCUAGCGCUCGGCGACCCGCGGGCAGGGUCGCCGGGGCUGACGGGACGGCUCGACCCGGCGCUGGGAAGGCUGUCCAUGCUAACCGAGCUCUCGGUCGUGCCCGGGCGCGUCGAGGGGGAGCUCCCGGCGUCCCUCGCCUCGUGCUCGAACCUCCGGUUCUUGGCCGUCAGCAAGAACCUCAUCUCCGGCCGGGUACCGGACGGCUUCGGCGCGCUGUCCAACCUCCGGACGCUCGACGUCAGCUUCAACCAGAUCUCCGGCGCCAUCCCGCCGUCCAUCGUUGCGCUGCCGUCGAUCACCAACCUAAUCCUCUGCCACAACCAGCUCACCGGUGGCAUCCCGUCGUUCCCGGACUCGUCCCCGCUCCUCCGGCUGGACCUCAAGCACAACACCCUCUCCGGCGGCGUGCCCAGCCUGCCGGCCGGGCUGCAGUACCUCUCGCUCUCGGCGAACCAGCUCACCGGCUCGGUCAACUCGGUGCUGCCCCGGCUGACCCGGCUCAACUUCCUCGAUCUCAGCAUGAACCAGCUCGAGGGCCCGAUCCCGCCAUCGGUGUUCGCAUUGCCGCUGUCCGUGCUGCUGCUGCAGCGCAACUUCUUCGAGGGGCCCGUCCAACCGUCGAACGACGUGACGAUCCCGGUGGUGGACCUGAGCUACAACCGGUUCUGGGGCCAGGUCUCGCCACUCCUCGCGGGCGUGGGGCAGCUGUACCUGAACAACAACCGGUUCACCGGCGAGGUGCCGGCGCGGCUGGUGCAGGAGCUGGUGGGCUCCGGCGGGCUGCAGCUGCUGUACCUGCAGCACAACUUCCUGACCGGCAUUGAGAUAUCGCCGUCGUCGUCGCUCCCCUCCAGCGUCUCGCUCUGCCUGAUGUACAACUGCAUGGUGCCGCCGGUUUACGCGCCGUGCCCGAUCAAGGCGGGGUCGCAGAACACGCGGCCGGCCGACCAGUGCCCCGAGUGGAGGGACUGAUCGUGAAAGAACAACGCCAGUGGCAAUGCCGGAUCGCUCGGAUCGGUCGGAACCUCCGAAAGGAGAAGAAGAACAGUGGAGAUUGCAAAGGGUGGUCUCUGAUUCUUUGAUUAAUUUGUCCAGUUACUAGUGUUCUUAUUCUUUUUUGGUCGGAGAAGAAUACUUACAGGCAAGAGUAAGUGCUUUAAUAAUUGUGAUUUACAGCUGUAAGUUUUUGUUUGGUUGGUGUAUGUGCAUUGUGUCUCUGCUGUAUAGUGUGCAGUGGUAGUUACUAUAACAUUGGCUCUUGAUGUUAUGUUGUGAGGAUGAUGAUGGUGUUAAGAGUCAGUGAUGUUAUUUAUCACAUCAUGCCAUUGAGCUGGUAUAAUAUGACAAGCAUGCACUGUGCUUGAUUUUGCUUUCCAUGUCGAACUCUGCACGAUGUUUGUCGGA